UGGCGGGCCGGAGUCCCGGCUCCAGGCCACGGCUCUGACCCGUGGUUGGUGUCCCUCCGAACCCGCAGCGCGGCCCAUCCUGUCCUCGCCAUGAGGCCGCAGCAGGCGCCGGUGUCCGGGAAGGUCUUCAUCCAGCGAGACUACAGCAGCGGCACACGCUGCCAGUUCCAGACCAAGUUCCCCGCCGAGCUGGAGAACCGGAUUGAUAGACAACAAUUUGAAGAAACAGUUCGAACUCUAAAUAACCUUUAUGCAGAAGCAGAGAAGCUUGGGGGCCAAUCAUACCUUGAAGGCUGUUUAGCAUGUUUAACAGCAUACACCAUCUUUUUAUGCAUGGAAACCCAUUAUGAGAAGGUUCUGAAGAAAGUCUCCAAAUACAUUCAAGAGCAGAAUGAGAAGAUAUAUGCUCCCCAAGGCCUCCUUCUGACAGACCCCAUUGAGAGAGGACUUCGAGUUUUUAGAUUGAAAUUACCAUUUAUGAAGACAGAGGCAUGAGCAGUGGAAGAUAAAUCUCAGAAAUAAAGAUCCCACCUGCAGCUGGGGCCCUCCUGUAUCCACUGGCCGACCGCAGAGUGUCCCCUACCUCCUCUCCAGAGCAUCAUUCCUUUGUCUCUGCUGCCAGAGCCAUGGUGCCAUUUACUCCAAGGACUAACUUUCUAAAAUUCCGCUCCUGGGGUGACCUCUAGCCUGUCAGCAUCCACUGUGUGUCUCCAAAUUGUGUAGGACUCCAUAAUCUUUUGGUUGGUUUCUGAGAAAACACAAGGAAGCAUUUCACUUUUUUAUCCAAGGCUGUUUAAUUAAAUAAUGCAGUUGGCCAUCCCAAUGCAAAGGUAUUUUUUAUCUGCAACCAUUGGGUUCUCUUUGUUCCUUGGGCCAGAUGCCCAGGUGGCAUUAGACUGCAAAAAGGCCUGUUUUACUCAGUGUUCAGUCUUAUUAGCCUGAAUUAAUAAAAUGCUUUUUCUCCAGGAUUUUGGUCAAAGGUAGGCUGUAUCCAUAAUUUUGCUGUCCCCGUCUCUCCAGUCUCAAGGAUCUACCAGUUUUGCCACGACUCAGAUCUUAAGAUCUUCUUGUGCUGUUCAGCUUCUCUAACCGAAGCUCAUUGGAAUAAUAAUGUAUUUUGUUAUUUGUUUCCUUACAGCAAUUAUUACUAAUUAAACCAGUAUUUAAUGCCAUUUCCAGGGGGGGGUUUUGUUUCUGUUUUAUUUUUAGUUCUUAAUUUUGUUACGAUUGCAUUACCAUGAAUGUUGGGAAGAUGUGAUGUGUGUUGCUUGUUCAUUACAAAAAAUAAGGAAGCACAAAAAGGUGGAUGCUAAACUAUCAGACACAGAAAUAUCCCUGCUGUGUCUCUGAAUGUGUAAUAAACGAUUGUAAUAAAUAUUUUAAUUAUAGUUUUGUUAUAAAUAUAACUUAUGAGGAAAAAAUUUGAUAGGAAUAAUACUGUAUGUUGCUAAUUUUAACUGUCCUGGCUAACCUUGUGAAUCAUAGACCUUCCUCAUAUACAGUAUUCAAUGCACAGAAAUCAUAUGAUUGGUUCAAGUAAAAUAAGUUAAGUAGUUUCAAGUAAAACUCUCAACUCUGAGUCAAUAUUUCUGGUUCUUUUGGCUGUGUAUUCUUAAUAAUAGCUGGGCUGCUUGUGCCUAAUUCGUCUUUUGGGUGUGACAGCUUUGCAGUUGACAAAAACUUCAGAAAUAGGAGAGGGAAAAACAGUUAAAAGUUUGACUUUCAGAGACAUGGUAGGUGCUAAUACUGGAUUUAAUCUUUCAGAUUUAAGUUCUUUAAUGGGUUUGAUAGUUCUUCAAUAAAUUCCAUAGGUCUGUGUAAUAUUUUAAUUGUAUAAUAAAACCCCUUUGUUAUUUUAUAACCCAUAAUAGUGUGUCUGUCUGCCUUUUAAACCCAUUGCAAUAACUUUCCUGAAAUAUUAACACAUUAGUAAAACUUUUCUUAAACAAA